AUGCCUUUCAACACUGCCCUCACCCGCAAGCUCGGGAUCAGAGUCCCGGUCGUCCAAGGUGGAAUGCAAUGGGUCGGCUACGCAGAAAUGGCCUCAGCAGUCUCCAACGCCGGCGGCCUCGGCAUCAUCACAGCCCUCACCCAGCCCUCCCCAGACGACCUCCGCAAAGAGAUCCAGAAGUGCAAGGAGAUGACCAACAAGCCCUUCGGCGUGAACUUGACCCUCCUCCCAUCGAUGAACCCACCCGACUACCCAGGCUACGCCCAAGCCAUUCUCGACGAGGGCAUCCGCAUCGUCGAGACAGCCGGCAACUCCCCAGGCCCCAUCAUUAAGAUGCUGAAAGAGGCGGACCCACCUUGCGUGAUUCUGCACAAGUGCACGAGUAUCCGCCACGCUUUGAGCGCCGUCAAGCUCGGCGUUGAUUUCCUUAGCAUCGACGGGUUCGAGUGCGCCGGUCACGUUGGCGAGACAGACAUCACGAACUUGAUCCUCCUCUCCCGAUCACGACAAGUCAUGCCCAUCCCGUUCAUCGCCUCAGGCGGCUUCUGUGACGGCCAGGGUCUCGCUGCAGCGAUCAACUUGGGAGCUGAGGGAAUCAACAUGGGGACACGAUUCAUGUGCACUAUUGAGGCACCGAUUCACAACAAUAUCAAGGAGAGCAUUGUCAAGGCGCAAGAGACGGAUACAAAACUUGUAUUGAGGAAGUGGAGGAAUACCAGCCGAUUGUUCAAGAACAAGGUUUCAGAUGAGGCGUACGAAAUCGAAAACAAGCCGGAGACAAAGGAGUUUGAGGCCGUGGGUGGUCUCGUCAGCGGAAAGCGUGGACGACAAGUUUUCCUGAACGGUGACCCAGACUACGGUGUCUGGACCGCCGGCCAAGUUGUGGGUCUUAUCAACGAUAUCCCAACAUGCGCGGACCUCGUCAACAGAAUUGAGAAGGAGGCGGUGGAGAGCUUGCAGAAGGCACAGAGCAUGAUUGUUGACAAGCAGCCAGAGCCAGAUAUCCGGGGCAAGCCGGCGAGUGCUAUUCAGGCGAAGCUAUAG